UGUUGUUUUUAGGGUAGGGCUUUAAACCUUUUCCCCGAUAAAAUGAUGCUAUGGAAACCUACCCGGAGCCAAGUACAAGAAAAAGCACGUUUAGGGAAUUGUUAAGAGUCGCAGAUCUUUUGACACCUUAACGUAAUCGUACCAAGUCCAGGACAUCGUAGCAGUCAGCGGCAUAUUUAUAGCUUGUCAAUUGGCAGCAUUAUGGCAGCAAUUACACAUAUCCGGAAUUUUCUGAGGCCUUCGGCCUCGCUUCCUCUUAGAUCGACGCUAGGUGGCCUCCGCAGAAUGGCUACCUCUACCAAGGGCGGUGUUAGCGUCGAGGUCCCUCCCAUGAAACAGAACCCUUACGGACCCAACCCUGCUGAUUUCCUUUCCCGUACUAGCAACUUCCACAUCAUCGAGUCCACGUUGCGUGAGGGUGAGCAAUUCGCCAACGCCUUCUUCGACACUGAGAAGAAGAUUGAAAUCGCCAGAGCUUUGAGCGACUUUGGUGUCGAUUAUAUCGAGCUCACUUCUCCUGUCGCUUCCGAGCAAUCUCGUCGUGACUGUGAGGCCAUUUGCAAGCUCGGACUCAAGUCUAAGAUUCUUACUCACAUUCGUUGUCAUAUGGACGACGCCCGCGUUGCUGUCGAGACUGGUGUCGACGGUGUCGACGUCGUCAUUGGUACUUCCCAGUACCUUCGCAAGUACUCUCACGGAAAGGACAUGGCCUACAUCACCGAGAGCGCCAUGGAAGUGAUUGAGUUUGUCAAGAGCAAGGGUAUCGAAAUUCGUUUUUCUUCCGAGGACUCUUUCCGCUCCGACCUCGUCGACCUUCUUUCCAUUUACCGUGCUGUUGACAAGAUCGGUGUCAACCGUGUCGGUAUUGCUGACACUGUCGGCUGUGCUACCCCCAGACAAGUCUACGACCUUGUUCGUACUCUUCGUGGCGUCGUCUCUUGCGACAUUGAGUGCCAUUUCCACAACGACACUGGUAUGGCCAUUGCUAACGCCUACUGCGCUUUGGAGGCCGGUGCCACUCACAUCGACACCUCUGUCUUGGGUAUUGGUGAGCGUAACGGUAUCACUCCUUUGGGUGCCUUGUUGGCUCGCAUGUACGCCACUGACCGUGACUACGUUUUGAGCAAGUACAAGCUGAACAAGCUUCGCGACGUUGAGAACUUGGUUGCUGAUGCCGUUGAAGUUCAAAUUCCCUUCAACAACUACAUCACUGGUAUGUGUGCCUUUACCCACAAGGCCGGUAUCCACGCCAAGGCUAUUCUCGCCAACCCUUCCACCUACGAGAUCCUUAAGCCUGAGGACUUCGGCAUGUCUCGUUACGUCCAUGUUGGUUCCCGUCUCACUGGCUGGAACGCUAUCAAGUCUCGUGCUGAGCAACUCAACUUGAACUUGACUGAUGCUCAAGCUAAGGAACUCACUGCUGUUAUCAAGAAGCUUGCUGAUGUCCGUACUCUUGCUCUCGACGAUGUUGACCGUGUCCUCCGUCAAUACCAUGCCGAUCUCGGUAACCCCAACAUUGCGAACGCCUCUGAGGCCACCGCUGCUGCUUUUGGAUCCCCGAACUAAAAAGCACUUUAGAGAAUGCAUUCACUACCCCGCCGAGUGCCCUUGGGAGUCUGAUUUACUUGCAAUCGUUUCCUCCCUUUGGUGCGCGCUCCUGUUAGCGUCUGCUGGAAGAACGAUCUGUCGAUUCUGAUUUUAGAUAAUUCCGACACAUGCGUUGUGUUCUGUCGGCGUCUGGUUACAUUGUCUCGUGCAUUUAAAAAUGUUAUAUUAUAGAUUACCCCUGUGUUUUCUUUUCACCCUUUUGUUCUUUUGGAUAUGUUAAUGAUAUUUGGCACUGCAUAUAUAUCGUCCUUUGUUGCUUGCCUUUAAGUUCGGUGGUGCCAGAGCCGCUGGUUUGUGCGGAUUUUAUGCUUGUCGUGUUUUAGCAAUCCCUGUAAUUUACUGCUGCUUCUUGUUUUUUGCCGCCCUCUUUUCAUGCUCACCCGCUCGUUUAGAAUUGUCAACUAAUAUUAACUGUCAUUCUAUAUCCUAAUACCAAUG